UGGAUCUGGCAGGCUCUGGAAGAAUAAUGAAGAAACUCCUGGAAGACUUGGGUUUAGCAAAGUACUAUGAUGAGAAGCUCACCCUCCACACAGUCCUGCAGAUUAGCAAGUACAGCAUCACAGAUGUGCCUGUCCAGUCUCUUUCAGAUCUGCCAUGGCUCUUCUUGAAGAGACUAAUGAUGCUUAAAAGGACAGCAAGGAGUGUAAAGUGUUCCUCAUCAAGUAGGGCAGAAGAUUCGGACUGGGAGGAUGACCAGGAGAGUGAUGACUCAUACGAUCCUCUGUCAGUAAACCAUUUAGACAUUUUGACCUCUGUGUUCCUUUGUUCUGACAGUUUUCUACAGCAGGAAAUGAUCUUGAAAAUGUCCAUGUGUCAAUUUGCUGUGCCUCUGCUGCUUCCAAACAGUGAUAAAAACCAGAUCACGCUUAUGCUUUGGGCAAUGAGAGAUAUUGUGAAAAAAUACAGACCACAAACCUUACAAGAUCCUAGUGGAUUUGUGCAAGAAAGAAUUGUUCUCUCAGAACUUCCUUUAGUGUCUUUUGUAAGACUGGGUAGAUGCAACAUUUCUAAAUCAGAAAUUCUGAAUAAGAUGUUCAGCAAUCCACAACAGUACACUGAUACCUUUGUACACUUCAACAUGGACUGUGGUAACAUCCCCAAGAAAAUAUCAGAUGGCUUGGUUGAGAUCAGCUGGUAUCUUCCUUGUGGGAACAAUAACAUAGAUGUCUUUCCUGAGCCUGUAGCUAUUGCCAACUUGAGAGGUGACAUCCAAAACUUUCAAACACAGUACUCUUUUCUUUGCGAGACUUCCACUGCAAUGUUUGUGUUCUUUGAAGACAAACUUUUAGAUACGGAGUACAUUUCUAUCCCUAGCCUGAAAUCUACUCGGCAGGUAUUUUUUGUUAGCCACUCCAACAAUGAGUGUAUAAAAGCAACAGUCAAAAGGCUCAACCUGAAGAAAAGCAAUUUCAUCUUUAAAGCCAAGCAGAAUGAUGCAGAUUUUGUUAAAAAAAUUCAGACAAAGAUGCAAGAUACAAUUGAAAAUGGCAAUCACAAAAUGUCAGUUGUUAAGUUAGCAGAGGUUGCAAGAGAGUUGGGGAUCUUGGUUGAUGAGGAUGCUGAGGAAUGUAGGAGUGCCAAAGCAAAGGCAGAUGAAAUCACAUCAGAAAUAAGGGACAUAGUGGAGUUCAAGAAGAAAAAGCUGCCCUUGCAAGGGGAGAUUUUGAUGAAAUUGGCCAAGUUAGAGAAGGAGCAGUGCAGAUUGAAGAAAGCAGGGGAUCAGAGUAUUGAGAACUACAAAUGUGACCUGCAGACGCAGAUGAAGAAACUCAGAGAAGAACAAUAUGCAAUAGAUAUGUCUACUAGUAUGAGCUGUUUUAUCAGUGCAAUAACUACACCAGAAAGGGCCUUCUUCUUAAAAUGGUUGAGAAUCAAUUUGGAGAAUCUCACCCAGAAAGUACUCCCUGGCCUCAGAGAGAUGUACAAAGAGAAGUGUCAAGAUGUUGUUGGCAACAAGGAGGAAAUUGCUGAGCUUGACAAGAAGAUUGCAAACAGUUCUUUAGGAGUAGAACACUUCAUUCGUGAGAUGGGCCAGCUUUAUGAGGCUGGAGUCUCAUUGUCAGAAGAUGCACUUUGCCGAAAACAACUGGAACACUUACCUAGACUUUGUGCUCAACUACUGUUGGAUGGAUUUCCACUUGAACUUGUUGAUGGAGAUGCUUCAAAUAUACCUGUAAAAUGGAUUACCAGUGUGUUUUCUGAACUAAAUACAUUAGUGAAACCCAACAAUAAGAUCAUGGUUCUCACUGUGUUGGGUGUGCAGAGUUCAGGAAAGUCGACCCUACUGAACACCAUGUUUGGUGUUCAGUUUGCUGUAAGUAGUGGUAGAUGUACCAGGGGAGCCUUUAUGCUGCUUAUUAGAGUAACAGAUGAUUACAAAGAUCAGUUCAGCAAUUAUGAUUAUAUACUAAUAAUUGACACUGAGGGACUGAAAUCUCCUGAGCUAGCACAACUAGAUAACAGCUAUGAACAUGACAAUGAGUUGGCAACACUUGUAAUUGGACUCAGUGAUGUAACAAUUAUCAACAUCGCCAUGGAGAAUUCCACAGAAAUGAAAGACAUUUUACAAAUAGUUGUUCAUGCUUUCCUCAGGAUAAAGACAAUAGGUAAAAAACACAUGUGCUUGUUUGUACAUCAGAAUGUCGCUGAUGUCUCAGCCCAUGAUUCAAACAUGAGAGACCGUAAAUUCCUGUUGGACCAACUGGAUGAAAUGACACAAGCUGCAGCCAAAAUGGAGAACAAAUUGGAAUUCAAGAAAUUUACAGAUGUGAUGCAGUAUGACACAGAUACUGGUGACCACUAUAUUCCUGGAUUGUGGCAUGGAAACCCCCCAAUGUCACCAGUGAGUAUCGGCUAUAGUGAGUCUGUGUAUGACCUCAAAAAACAUAUUAUGAAAGUCUUUAGAUCUUACAAGUCCAGCAACAUCUGUGAAUUUUUGGAAUGGACCAAAGGCUUGUGGAAUGCUGUGAAAUAUGAGAAAUUCAUCUUUAGCUUCAGAAAUACCCUUGUGGCUGAUGCAUACAUGAAACUGUGCACAGAGUACAACAAAUGGGAUUGGUCACUGAGAAAACAAAUGCACACAUGGACAUUAGAAGCUGAAACCACAAUCCUAAACCAUGGAAAAUUUGAGAGAUCUGAGAACACCGUUGAAGAUGCCCACUGUAAUUUGCAAACAAAUGCAGAAGUUAAGCUUUCAAAAGGAGAAGAGGAAAUUAUAGGCAAGAUCGAAUUGUACUAUGAAAAAGGAGAGGGUCAUGUUGAACUUGUGGAAAGUUUUCGACAAGACUUUGUAAACUGUGCCAAGUUCUUGAGGACUGAGCUUUCAAAUUCUAUCAAAAGUAAACUGGAUGCUGCUCUUUCACAUCGAAAUGGAAUGAUCAAGGUGGAAGGGAUCAAAGCGACAUACAUGGAUACAAUGGAAAAGAGAGUGCUAGAUUUGGUGAAAGAUUGCCGUGAGAAAAAGUCAGACAAGUCUACGCUGCAUGAAGCAUUUGAAAAGAUGUGGCAGGAGACUGUCCAGACAUUAGCAUGUACAGAGAUCCCUCAACAAGAUAUAAUCAUUAGAGUUUUCCAUCAACUGAGAAACAAUCUUGGAUCUAGAGGAAGUUCUGUGGCUCAAAGUUUAGACAAAGUGAAGGAUUUAAGUACAUGUGGAUGUGAAGAAUUUGUUGUCUCCAAAGGCAAUUAUAGGUGGUUUCAUACUAAGUGGAACAAGAGGGCUCAACAGAUGUCAGACAGCCUUAUUAGAAAAUGUCAGGAAUAUGUACAAGAAAAGAGGGCAAGUAGGGAUGAUUACGACGACACAUACAUCAGGGAAAUUCUUCAAAUGAUUGAUGAAACUCUUAAGGCUCAUGGAGAUCUGGGGCGAGAAGAAGAUUUCGAAAUGUCCCUUAAGCUACACAUAUGCGGCUUUGCAAGCAGAGAAUUUCAAGAGAUUCACAAUAAAUUCAUCCAGGACAACGACCCACUCAGAGUCUUGGAGAAGUCAAAACAAAAGUACCGUUCUGGUUUCAUUGACCUUUUUCAUGAACGAGACCAAUGUCAGAAGAAGGCAGAUGAAUUCACGAAUGACUGCCUGAAACCUACAGUGAAAAAAUAUGUUUCUGAGACCUUGGGCACUGAAAUGGCAGACGUGAUGUUGCGUGGUGAAAAUUCAUCCAUUUUUGGAACCCGGACCGCAUUCCAGAGAUCAGUCUUGAGAAAUCUUCUUGAUGAAUUUAAAUUUGAAACAUAUUUGCUUUUUAUUGAGUCUUAUGAAGGAUUCGUUACGGACUUAAUCUUGGACAAAAUCACAGUACACUUUUCAGCAGAGAACCGAAUGUUCAAACUAGAGGAAAGUCUUCUCAAUUCGGUUACCAGUGAAAUAAUCCAGGCCAUCGAAGAGACAGAGCAAGACCCAGAGAUAAACAACAUCAAGGAAUUCAUCCAAAACAUUUGCAUGAAACUUAAAUACAGGCUUGUUUUACCCAAGGAUGUAGUUGAUUCAGUCAGUGCACUGAGCGAUGUGAACCAGAUCAAAUUUGCCGAAUGUCUUAAGUGCUCUGUGAAGGACAUGGAUAAGUUUCUAAAGGCAAGUUUUCAGGCAAAAGAAUUUCAAAGAAAACUAGAGCACCUACCUACCAAACCGCAAAAUGUGUUGUUCAAACGAGUGCAUGGUUGUGGGAAUCAGUGUCCAUUCUGUAAAGCCCCAUGUGAGGCAGGAGGGGAGGCCCACAAAAAACACUUCGUCUCCAUCCACAGGCCAGAGGGGCUCGGCCACUACAGAUUUGAAGAAUCUGAAAAAUUAGUGACCGACAUUUGUUCAUCAUUGGUGCACAGUGACACAAGCUUUAAGUGCCAUGACACCAACGAUAAGUGGCAUCCAUACAAGAAAUACAGUGACAUCUAUCCCAACUGGCAAAUCGAUCCAGAUUCAAGCAUAGAAGCCGCAGCCUACUGGAAAUUUGUGAUGGUACAUUUCAAUGAGGAGUUUGCUAAAGAGUACAAUGCAAAGCCGGCAGAUAUACCCCCAUCAUGGAAGGACAUCACAAAGGCUCAGGCAGAGGAAAGCCUAAAGUAAAUUUAUAGUAACUAGUGCCUCUCUGCUCUCUGUUUAAAUUAGUCUAGUGCAUGAAUACUUUUACCUGACCCUUUAAUAUCUAGGUAUCCUUAAAUAAGCAUCAACUUUGAUAGAGAACAAUAUCCUGCAUGGUUCAAGAGUUGUUCAUUGCAUAUCCUAAUUAAUGUAUGAAAUGGAGAACAGUGAAAUGCCAUUACAUUGACAGAAGGGAUUAAAAAAGCUUUCACAUUUGAAUUUGAAUGAUUUCUUAACUUGAUGUAGACAUGUUAUAUCACAUGCACUUUCAUUUGUCAAGAAGAAGAGAUAGAGAAAUUGAUUAUGUACUAUAAUUGAGUAGCAGGAAGUACACUGUAUGAAAACAUAUUCCAAUAUUCAAAUGUUGUGGUGUAUUCUA